UAUUCCUGAAAAUGGAUUUUCAGUUUAAUUUUGCUGUUGAUGAAAAUGAGAACAGUGAGGCAGAUGCUCACUUCUUACUGCUGUGCUCUCCAAAAGACGAGCAGGAAUCCAGAGGAAAGAGCAGGGAAGCUGCCGAUCCUGCAGCAGAUUCCAGCCCCAAGCUGGCUGCUGCUAAGCACCAGGAGGAGGCAGCUUCGAAGAAAAAACUCUGCGUGAAAGCUGCCAAGGAGCACAGCAUUCCCGAAGAUCUCAACAAACUAUUGGAAAAUAAAGUAAUGGAAACAGUAUUUGACUUGUCUUAUGUAAAGCUGUCCGUAGUGGAAAUGACAUGUUUGGGUGAUGCUGACAGCGAAGGCAUCGUGUCCAAAAGUGUUUCUUCUCACUCUGAUCUCAUCCCAGGAGUCUAUGAAGGAGGGCUGAAAAUCUGGGAAUGCACCUUUGAUCUCAUGGACUACUUUUCUGAGGCUGAAAUAGAAUUUGCUAACAAGACUGUACUGGAUCUUGGCUGUGGGGCUGGAUUGCUGGGAAUUGUUGCUCUGCAGGGUGAAGCUGCCAGAGUGCAUUUUCAGGACUACAACAGCACAGUGAUUGAUGAAAUAACUUUACCUAAUGUGGUGGCCAACUGUACCAGUGAAGGCAGGAGGAAGGACAGAAAAGCCAGCAAGCCUCCUUCCAAGAGGCCCAGGAAAGCAGAAGGCUCACCUGAUGGGCUCAACAGGUGCAGGUUUUUUUCUGGAGAGUGGUCUCAAGUCAGCCAGCUCCUGUUAAACAGCAACAAACCCUGUUCAAAGUAUGAUCUAAUUCUCACCUCUGAGACCAUCUAUAAUCCUGACUACUACAGUGCUCUGCACGAUACACUGGCUCAGCUUUUGGAUAGAAAGGGCCAUGUGUAUUUGGCAAGCAAAGUGCAUUAUUUUGGAGUUGGUGGUGGUGUCUAUCUCUUUGAGAAAUUCAUUGAGGAGAAAAAUGUGUUUACAACCAGGAUGGUUAAAACAAUAGAUCAGGGUCUGCAGCGAUGCAUUAUGGAAAUUACCUUUAAAAAUUCCUGUUAAAAUUAAACUACUAAUCCUCCAAAAAUAACUCAAAAAUGUAUUUAUCCUCACGUCUCUUUGCUUUUUCCUUUGUGAUUCUGGUUUUGACAAAUUAAGGAUGGUGGUUGUUGAAAUAUUUGACAAAUUCUGGUGUCCAACUAGAAGUGAGGGACUUUUCUGAUGUUGACUUUGCAGAGAGUUCUGCUUAAAGAAGCAUCUGUUUAUGAUAAUUAACAUAUAUAAAGAUGAAGCAAUCUUUAAAUUCUUUAAGCCACUGUCUCCAGCCAGGCUUUCAGAUUCAGCACCAGAACUGUAAUCAGGAAUAACAUUCAUGAUGUAUUGUGGCUGAAUAAGGUAAGUUUAGCUUCCAAAAUUAGUGCAAGAGGCUUCCUCAAGGGUUGGGCAGCAUAACUGCAGUGGAUUUAGGAAGGGAUCACACACCUCUGAGCUCUGCUGCUUUGCCAGCAGAGGGGGAUGUGAUUGUAUUUAUCACUCGUGUUCUACCCUGCUGGGGAUCUCAGAAAUCCAUGUAGUAUUUCCAUGUGUAAUGCACUCCUGACUUAUUCAAGCCUUUUAAAGAGUGUAACAAUAUUAACCACAGUGAUCUGUACAUUUUCACAUCCAGAUUCUGUCACAGGCUAAGAAAAUUUUCAGCAAGAAAUUCAAAAAAAGCCAUGCUGGUUUAAAGAACAUUCUACACAAGAUAAGCUCCUUCUACCAAUCAAUAAGCCUAUAAAUGAAAUACUGGAGAAUGAUAGAACUGAGCUUCAGGAGACAAUUGGAAAGGGAGAUAAAGUGUGCUAUUACAUGUGUUUAGCAGAUUGCUGUAUUAUUUUAACACUAUUUUUCCAGAAAUGAAUUGCCCAUUUUCAAAACUUGCUGGGGGUACAUCCACACAUCUUCAAUUUUUUCACAGGACAGGAAAGCACUCAGAAAAGCCUGCAAAACAAGGCACUUUCCUAGGCUGAAGCUAGUGAUGUUGCUGAAGAAAUUGCCUUACCAAAAAUUCAAACAAACCCCCAGAGAACUACAAAACCUGGUCUUGAGUGCUUGCUGUUGCUGGCAAUUAAAAAAAAAAAAAAAAAAAAAAAAAAAGAAA